UUCCUCCAAUACUUGACCAGUCCUCAGUCCUGAACAGCACGUGGCCAAUCAAUGGAAAGCACUCGCUUUACGUUCUUCUAAAGCAUGCUCCUAUUCCAGCUCCUACAGUCGUAUGGCAGCACAAUGGAGCCCCCGUCACAGGGGUGAGCACAGUGAGAUUAUCCAGCACCAGCUGGUCGUUGAUCUUGAAUAAUCUAGCAAUGUCUGACGUCGGAGUGUAUACAAUCACGAUCAGCAACGCUGUGGGAUCAGAGAAAGUGACGUUCUUCUUGGACGUUCAAGUGAUCCCAAGAGUGAGUGCACACUCAUCCUUACACAGAACUGUGCUGCUUGGUAAGCCCGCCAACUUUUCCAUCACCCUGGAGCACGCGCACCGUACAAUGCCGACGAUCGUCUGGUCGCACGCCGGACAUCCAAUCAAUGCCAGCGAUGACAGGGUGCAGUUGUCCAAUGGUGGACUGUCGUUGGAACUGACCAACGUGGUGCCGUCGGACAGGGGACAGUACGGAGUCUUGGUGCAGAAUGGCGCAGGCUAUGAUAACGUGAAAUUCACACUGGAUGUUCGAGUUCCUCCAGUUGUGGACACGUUCUCAACGCUGAACAAUACAAGGCCAACCACCACCGGCGACAUCUCAUUCUACGUUACCCUGAAGUACACACCCACACCAUCGCCGACUAUCACAUGGCUGCACGAUGGAUUGCCGAUUAACACAAGUGAAAGCAGGGUACAAUUGCAUGAGGAUAGUUUGUCCUUGCACCUGACUCAGCUGGCCGUGUCCGACAGUGGAUCGUACACCGUCUUCAUGAACAACACCGUGGGUUCUGAGAAAGUGGUGUUCUUCCUGGAUGUUGAAGUGCCCCCAGAGGUCGGCACAUUCUCAACUUUGGACGUAAGCAAACGGCUUGGCAAACGCGCCACGUUUUCCAUCACCCUGAACACAACACACCGCACAAUGCCGACUAUUGAAUGGUCGCACAACGGAUCUCCCAUCAACACCAGCGCGGACAGCGUGCAGUUGUCCAAUGGUGGACUUUCGCUGAAACUGCCCAAGCCGACGCCAUCGGACGCGGGAGUUUACACAGUUUUGGUGUGGAACAGUGCAGGGUCUGAUAGCGUGACAUUCACGCUGGAUGUUCGAGUGCCUCCAGUUGUGGACACGGUCUCAACCCUGAACAGUACAAAGCUUAUCACGGAAAACAUCUCGUUUUACGUUAACCUGAAGCACACGCCUAAUCCGCCACCAACUGUCACAUGGCUGCAUGAUGGAUUGCCGAUGAACACAAGCGUGAACAGAACACAAUUGUCUAGUGAUAGCUUAUCAUUGAACUUGACGCAUCUGGCACUCUCUGACGGUGGAAUGUACACUGUCUCGAUUACGAACAUGUUCGAAUCAAAGAAAGUGAUGUUCUUCCUGGACGUUCAAGUUCCCCCAGUGGUGGCCACAGUAUCAGCCUUGGAUACAACUAAGCAGCUCGGCAAGCGCACCAGGUUUUCCAUCACCCUGGAACACACGCCCGUUCCACCGCCAACUAUUAUAUGGUCGCACAAUGGAUCUCCAAUCAAUACGAGCGAAGACAGGGUGCGUUUAUCCGAUGGUGGCUUGUCGCUGAGAUUGGCCAAAUUGAUGUACGAAGACACGGGAAUUUACACCGUCUUGGUGGAGAAUGGUGCAGGAACAGAUAGCGCGACAUUCUCCUUGUAUAUUCCAGCUCCUCCACUGGUUGACGCAGUCUCAACCCUGAACAGUACCAAACUAGUGGGCGAAAACGUCACAUUUUACGUCACUCUGAAGAUUGCCACCAAACCAUGGCCAUCCGUCACGUGGACUCACAACGGAUCACCAGUCAAUAGAUCAACUGUUGCUCCACCGCAGGCGAAGAAUACUUUCUCAUUCACUAUCAUAGAUCUGAGCCUAGAAGACGGCGGAGUGUACACGAUCUCUCUGAAAAAUACUCUAGGAUCAGUGAAUGUAACAUUUUCCCUCGAUGUUCAC